CAUAAGUUGGGUCACCCUCCGCAAGAAAAGAUAAAACCACAUCUCCUCUACGUUUUUAGGAGAGCCCUCACAGUUUUUCGAAUUUAACCAACGUGUUUCACAAUUCACACCAUUAGCUAGUCAUUAGUACAAGUUUCAAAUCCAAGCCACCCAAAACUAAGACUAACAUCUCAAUUUCAAAUUAGUUUGGUUCACUAACAAAUCAACAUGCCUUCUAUAGCUCUUCCCUUCUGCAUCUUCCUCAUCUAUGCAGCUACUCCGUUGGUCGCUGGUAACUCCUCUCAAUCCCCAACAGCAUACGAAAUUCUACAGGAAUACGAUUUUCCUGUAGGACUACUUCCCAAAGGCGUAACAAGGUACGAAUUUAACAAAACUACAGGCAAUUUCGCUGUUUACUUUAAUAAAUCGUGCACUUUUAGUAUAAGUGGUUACAGUUUAAAGUAUAUGAGUAAAAUUACUGGUAAAAUUUCCAAAGAUAAGCUUGCGAACUUGAAAGGUGUACAGGUGAAAGUGCUUUUCUUUUGGAUUAAUAUUAUUGAAGUUACACGUGAUGGAGAUCAGCUUGAUUUUUCUGUUGGAAUUGCUUCUGCUGAUUUUCGUGUUGAUAAUUUUUAUGAGUCUCCACAGUGUGGAUGUGGAUUUGAUUGUGUCAAUUCUGGUGAGUUCAAUUUGAAGCAGCUUAUCUCUUCAAAUUGAGUGUUAAGUUUGGGGUCACUGUAAUAACAGCUUGUUUGGAUGGUUGUUACCUGUCGUAUCGUGCUUUUAGUUUAAAAAUAAUGUUUGUACUUAUUCUUUAUUUAAAUUUUAUUGUAUCGUAUCAUUAAAUUCUAUAGUUUUGUAUCAUUUUUUAUAACAA